AUGUCGCGCGACGCGCUCGGAGAACGCUCGACGCGGACGUUGACGGCGUACGGACGUCCGUCGACGUCGCCGCUGGCGGAGAGCGCGAGAGAACUGGCGAGGACGACGAUGGCGGGACGACUUCGGGACGCGGCGACGACGACGCGACGAGGACGGCGAGACGACGAGGGCGAGGACGAGUACGAGAGCGCGACGACGACGAGCGAGACGACGAGCGCGACGGCGAGUUUGAUUGGGUCGUCGGUGAUCGAAUUCGGGCGCGAGCGGGAGGGCGCGAGGAGACUGCGGGGGAGGGAUCGGUUCGGAACGGCGGCGCGGCGCGAACGAUUCGAAGAGUCGAAGCGAACGGCGAAGACGCGAGGGACGUUUGACGUGGCGGAGAACGCGAGAUUGGCGCUCGAGGCGAAGGAGGCGCAGUUGCAGAAGAUGGCGGCGCGAUUGCGAGCGUUGGAGCGCGAGCGGGAGCGGGAGCGCGGGCGUGAGAUGGACGAGGAGCGGGAGACGUUUGCCGACGCGGCGAACGAUUUAGAGGGGGAGAUGGCGGCGGCGAUGGCGAGGUUACGAGGCGACGCUGGCGGCGCGACGACGUCGCGUCAGCAGACGACGAAGUCGUCGCGCGCGCGCGAGGACGCGGGCACGUUUGCGUUCGCCCCGGAUGCUUUCGCGAGUCGCGACGGCGACGACCCCGCGACGCCCGAGCUGCCGCGCGGGCGAGGCAAAGCGGAGGAACACGGCGAUGACGUCGAGAUGACGAAGACGCCGGAGAUAAAGCCGAUGCACCCACCGCGCGCGCCACCGUCAGAGCGCUCGGACGCCGAGAUUUCGGAGUCGAAGACGCCUGAACCGAUCAAACCAGGCGUACGCGUGGACGGCGGAUACCUCACGCCGAGCGGUCGAGUCGUCGGGAGCGCGUUGAAAUCGGGUUCGUCGAAGCCGAAGACGCCGAACGAAUCCAAGUCCGUCGUAUUCACACCCGGAGAGAUCGCGCAGUACUCGGACGCGGGAACGCCGUUCGACGCGGCCGAUGUAGAAGAGUUGCGCGCCGAGCUCCGCGAAGUCAGGGCGGCGCUCAAGAGCGCGUUCAGCGUGAGUGAAAAACUCGUCGCGCAGUGCGAAAAGAAGAAUAGGGAGAUCAAGGAAAAGAAUACGAGCGUCAUGCUCGCGCGCGAGGAGCUGGAGAACGCGCGCGCAGCGCUCGAGCGAGCGCAAAAAGAAGCGCUAGAGGCGAAGAAGUCCGUCGCCGGCGUCCCGGCGGGCGAUCUCGCCGAGGCGUACGAAAAGAGCAAACGUUUGAAUAGCGAACUCUUGCGCGUGAUGCGCGCGUCGAUCGGGGUGAAUGUCGAAUUAAGUCCGGACGUUGUGUUCGCAAUUCUACCCACGCUCGCGAGCUUAGCCGUGCGGGGAGACGUCGCCGAGGCCAUGGCGCAGGGCGGCGCCUUGGACGCCCUCGCGGGAGCGUUGGAUUUGUUCGCGCACGACCCCGCGGUUUGUCGCAAAGCCAUCGCCGCGAUCGAAUCUAUUUGUCGCGCCGGAUCUCCCGACGCUAGCGGGGCGACUCAAGACGAAGAGAUCAUCGCCAUUCGCUCGAGAUUGACGAACGAAGCCGUGGACGCGUGCGGCGCCGCCGUGGCGCGAUGCGCGUACGAUCACGUCGCCGACGCGCGAUUGAGCGAAGCCAUUUGCGCGCUCGCGCACGCGUUCGCCGAGAUCGGCGAUUAUGAUCGCGUUCAGUUCUUGAUUGGACGUGAAUGCGCGCUGGUGCAAGCGAUUUGCAAGAUCUCUAAGACGCACGAGCACGACGAGCGAACGCAGCGCGCGUCUUCGUUGGCGCUCGCCGCGUUCGCCGCGUGCGACGAGAACACCAAGCGCGUCGUCGAAAGUCUCGGUGGCAUCGCGCUCAUCAAGCGGUGCGUGCAGGAACUCGGAAUAGAUGACGCGCAGCGCGCGUUUCCGCACGUCAAGCGAUGGAUUUCCGGGAAGAAGACGCGCGAGGACAGAGAACGCGGCGCCCGCGGUUUCGACUCGGACGACGGCGAAGCCGACGUCGACGUCACGGGAAAUCUAUGA